AUGUGUAGUCAACGAGGCUCAACAGCGAAACCUUCUAUCCCGUCGACAAGAAAUCUUGUUACCAGUAGGCCAAACAAUAUGUCCAAAGCGGAUCUUAUCAUCCAUGGAGGGAGUAUAAUCAGUAUGGAUGAAAUCAAACCUUUUCCUGAAGCUAUUGCUGUAAAAAAUGGUAAAAUUAUAGCGGUGGGUAUCAAAAGUGAUGUACUAAAACUGGGUGACGAAGAGACCGAGUACGUGGAACUCAAAGGCAAGGAGACCCUUCUUCCGGGAUUCAUUGAACCUCACCAGCAUGCCACUCAGAUGGUCUUCAAUCGUUGCCUCAUGCAUGUGUACAUUAACUGUGGCGCCUAUUACUAUGAGACGUACGACCAGAUCAAAAAUCUCAUUCAAACCACGGUGGAUAACACUGAUCCUGACAGUGGCAAAUGGUGCUUGUUUCUUGGCUGGGACCCAGAGAUGAUUCCUACUUUACCCAAACUCAAUUUUUCAGUAUUGGAUUCCUUUUCAAAGGACGUGCCGAUUCUUAUCAUCGGCCAAAGCGGUCAUGUUGGUUGGGGGAAUACUAAGCCAUUUCAGCUUGCCAAGAUCCCGGACAACGUUGAAAACCCUGAAGGCGGUGUCUUCGUGACAGAUGAUGCAGGCAAAUUAACGGGCCAGAUGUUAGAGUCACCGGCAAUGAUGAUGGUCAUGAAACAUGCACCACUACCAACACCUGAGGAGCUGUCUAUUGCCUUGGAUGAGCAGUGGACCGAGUACGCCAAGUGUGGAUUCACCACUGUUACCGACAUGGCCUACAUGCCCACAGAUGUUGACCCUUUAAUUAUUCAGAAGGCCUCUCGCCCCGACUGCCCUCUACGUUUAGCUCUCUAUGCAUUGAAGUAUGGACCAGGAGAUGACGAGUCCAAGGGUACAAAAGUAACAUGUUGCAAGCUUGCUAAUCAUAAGGAAAGAAGAGCAAAAAUGUUGGCAAAAAGUGACAAGCUCUGGUUUGCCGGGGUCAAGAUCUGUGCAGAUGGGUCUCCACAUUGUGGUACUGCAGCUGUACGCGAACCUUACCACGAUACCGAUCUGACCAGACUUCUGUGCUUCCCUCCAUCCCCCUGUUAUGGAACCCUGAACUAUGAUGAUGAAAGCAUAUUGAAGACUGUCAAGUACUGGCAUGACCACGGGUAUCAGAUAGCUGCACAUGCACAUGGAGAGAGAGCCAUAGAACAAGUGCUAAGUGCAUAUCAGCAGGUGACGGAUGUGACAAAGGACUUGGAUCGACGUCAUAGAAUGGAGCAUCUUGGCCUGUGCGAUGAAAACCACAUCAAAGCUGCAUCCAAGCUGAACCUUGCGUUCUCAUUCUUUGUAGAGCAUUUGUUCUUUUAUGCCAAGGCCUACUCUGAGUCAAUAUUUGGGAAGAAGCGAACAUCAAGAUGGACGCCCCUUAGCUUGGCUACCAAGCACGAUCUUCGCUGGACCAUUCAUCAAGAUCAUCCAACCUUUCCACUUCCACCUGAGCCUUUAGUCAACAUGAAGACAGCAGUUACACGUACAAGGAAAGGUGAACCUAAUGUAGUAUACGGAGAGGAAUACUGUGUGCCUAUAGAGGAAGCCCUUAAGGCAUACACCAUUAAUGCUGCUUGGCAAAUCCACAAGGACAAGGAACUUGGAAGCUUGACGGUUGGUAAGCAAGCAGAUCUUGUGAUCCUGAGUGAUAAUCCAUUGAAGGUCGAUGUGUUCAAGUUAGGAGACAUCAAAGUUGUUAAUACCUAUCUGGAUGGCCAAAGUAACAAGCUGAACCAGUAG